AUGACCGAGUAUGCACAGAAUGGAAUUAAAGCUGAGGACCUGGUCGCACGUGCAACGGAUCCAACGCUUGCAGGACCUGAAUGGGCACUAAAUCUUGCACUAUGUGAUUGUGCUAAUGCAAAUCAUACUGUUUGUGACGAUAUUGUGCGUUUCUUGCAGCGUCGUUUGCAAAGUGGCAAUGCCAAAGUGACAUUACUGGCUUUGAUUCUAACUGAGACUCUUGUGAAGAAUGGACCGCCUGCAAUCCAUCGACAAGUUGGAUCGACAAUGUUUUUGAAAGAGAUUGCAGCACUUUCGGAUGGAAGUUUGGGUGUCGAUGUGCAGAAUCAAGCGCUGCUACUGAUUCGUCAAUGGGCCGCUGCUUUUAAAACCAGUGAAUUUCAAACUUUCCAAGAUACUUACAGACAGCUCAAGAUACAGGGUAUUGAGUUUCCAGCAGUAGAAAACGAUGUGCCUAUCUUCACACCUCCAUCAUCCACAUCGUCAGUUUCUGCUGCUAGUGGACGGGACGAGGGCGACGCCACUGCUGCUGCUGCUGCUAGUGGACGAGACGAGAGCUAUGUAGCUGCUGCACCUGGGAGUCGUACAAGAGAGCAGCAAUUGAAAAAGCUACAAGCUGAUUUGAAGUUGGUACAGCAGAAGAUUGAGUUGAUGAGGCAUUUGUACACUUGUGGAGAGACUGGCGAGCAGCUGGAAGAUGUCCUGGAUUUCUUGCGGCAAUGUCAGCCGAGAAUGAACACGUUGAUUGAAGGGGGAGUGAUGGGCAAGAUUGACGAACAUACACUGGAACAGUGUCUUAACGUGAAUGACAAUUUGAUGAAGACUUUGGAGGAGUACAGCAAGACCAAGACGAAGGACAUGAUGAUCUUUGAUUCGCCACCACGUGCUAGUCACAAGACGGAUCUAUCGCAGGAGUUGGAUGAGCUUCAUUUGGAGGAAAGAGACAUGGCAUCGAGCUCAGCAGCUGCAGCUCCGCAAUCAGUACCUCCUGCACAUUCUACUUCUACCAAUAUUGACGAAGGUAUAGUGUAG